GAUCGAAGAGGCCAUGGCCCGCCUGAAUGCUACUAUCAGCAGCUACAAGAACGAGAAAAAUGGCAAAAUGAAUGGACACCAUCGUUCAGAGUCUGAUGAUCUUCCUUACGCACCUCGCUCGACUCUCUUUUCGCGAGAGUGGGACUUGUCGACCGACGAACACUAUCCUCAUAUCACCAACCCCGAGCUCAGAAAACGUUUGAAUGCUCUCCAUGAGCUUUGCAGCUUUCUACCCGAACACCCAUACAACAUCGAUCUUUAUCUGCGUAUCGCAAAGGCGUACGUCGAGGUCGGGUACCCUGAUCUUGCUGUCGGUUCGGCGUACAAGGCUCUCCUUCUCAUCGAUGCGAUCAACAAUGAAGACGAAUUUUGUGACGAGGCCAUCGAAUCAUUGGCGUUGAGCAUCUCGAAAGAGUCGUUGGAAUACAGACACCAGAACAUCCUCGAGAAUGCAGAGAUUCUGGCUCAUCUCUACCCCGAGUUCAUGUUGAGAAACAAGGACCAGCUUGUAGAUGUUGAUGUGUCAGAUGUCGAAGUUUUGGUCUGGACCAAAGGCCUCUUCUCUUUCCAAUGUCUCCACGUCAUUGGUUGCCAGAGAAGUGCUGCCGAGUACUGCUUCAAGGCUCAAGACCUCUUUGGAGAAGACCCUACCAUCGAAGCGACUCUGGACGUCAUCCACGCUGCUAUCGACGACUGGCUCCGCGAGACACAGCCCGACGAGUAUAACAAGCCCGGCUUCAAGUUCGGACUCGACCAGUUCCCUGACGAGGGCAUGGUUCGUAGAGAGUGCUAUCCUUGGAACGAACAUGAACCCGAUCGCUGCUCAGACGAGAGCUUGAAAUUCUUGAACGCAGAGAUGGAGAAGGUCGCGCCGAGACUUGAGGUCAAGGCCACCAAGUUGCCUCUGUUGACUGAGGGUGACGGCGUGGAAAAGUUCGUUACACAACUAGGUGUCUUUGCAAAGGAAGACAUUGCACCUGGAGACAUUGCCUUGUCUGAGACUUCGCUUCUCACGGCAAACAACCGCCUCCAGGACGCGUUGUGCGAUGCUUGCAGUGCUGAUCUGCCCGAGCUCAGCGAUCCAGCUUCCGCUGAUGUUGUGGCGUGUCCAGACUGCGAGGUCGUCUUUUGCAGUGAAAAGUGCAGCGACCUUGCUCAGGAGGAAUAUCAUCCUGCUGUAUGUGAUCGUGGUGUUGAGGACAUUGCGAAGGACGUCCCACCUGCCGAAGCUGCAAAUGCUCUCUACUCUCUGCUGUUGCUCAGAUCGCUGGCUAUGGCAGAGACGCAAGAGAUUCAUCCCUUGGACAUCAAGUAUGUCAAGUUCAUCUGGGGCGACUAUCACACGCUCGACCUGUCAAAGCACUGGCGCCCACACGACCGCCACAGCACCGAGUCACCAUUCCCACGCACCCUACCUUUCAGCUUCCAAGCCAACGUUGUACUCCCUUUCAACAUGCUCGAGAAGAUGGACGUCGACAUUUUCAAGAACCCCCAGUACGACGUCUGGGUCUUCAACACCCUCUACGCCAAAUUCCGCGGCACAGCAUCCGCUCGCCUGAGUGGAUCAGGCGGCGGCGUGGCUCGCGGCCCCGAAGUCAGCGCCGUUCACCCCAUGUGGUGUCUCGCAAACCACAGCUGCAAUCCCAACGUCACCUGGCGCUGGGCCAGCGAUGUGCGCUUCCGUGUCUUGGAGGAAAGACCAACCUGGCACGGAAGCGAGUUCCGCGGCGGCAUCAAGUAUAAGGCCGGGCUCAAANAGGGCGAAGAAGUGCUCAGCCAUUAUUGCGAUAUUGACUUGCCUGUCAAGGAUCGUCGCGAGUGGGCUGCUGGCGCUCUGGGAGGUAACUGUUGCUGUGAAAGGUGUCUCUGGGAGGCGUGUUUCGAGGAUAUGAAACAAAUUAAUCGCGAGGCUGACAAGGUCCGUGGG